GUUCAUAUCCCUCUCUCCUAACAUGUACCCUCUGUGGACUGUUACUCAACAACAGGCUGUGAGUUUAUUAUUGUCAGUGUGCGCUAGCUGAGCAUUAUAUAUUUAAUGGCAAACUAGACUGACUUGUGUACAUGUACUACUGCAUGAAGGCAGAAAUUGUGUGGCUUUAUUUAGGAUUGGUACUGCUCUUGAUAGUUUCAUGCUGUACAGACGUGUACUUGCAAUAAUUGAUGUAUACAUGUGUGAAUGCAUUCGUGUAUUUGAACAUGUUCAUUUCUCUACAUGUCCGUGUCCUACUACUUGUUAAUGUGACUACUGCUAAUGAUUACUGGAACAACAGAAUGUAAGUUACAGUAUACAGACAUGUAUGAAUGCACUCACUGCUCCUACCAUCAUCCCCCUCUCUCUGUUUCCAUGUGUGUCUUACGCUGGUGUCUCAUUGGACUAAACAGAAGGUGAGCGGGACACUGCACUGACUUGUGACUGUACUUGUGUCAGUAAUGUUUGAGUUGUACGUAUGAGAACAUGCCGUGUAAUAUAAAUUAUUGACAUCAUAGUGUACAGGUUUGUGAUUAUAUUCUUUUCUCUCCCUACAUUUCCAUGGCUACUGAAUAUCUGGAACAAUAGAACUGGAAGGCUAAGGAGGAAAGUGAACUGAAGAGUCACGAGACGAGAAGAGCUGCCCUCCAACAGAAACUGUCUGGUGACAUCACUGACCAGGACCGGAGACAACUGCAGGGAGAGCUGGAGGUGGUGGAGGGGGAAAUCAAGAAGUGUGUCUCAAAGAUACAGGCGUAUGAGAGGUUGAUACAUAAUACGGAGAAUGAGAUUGCUAGGAUACGAGGACGAGGAGAGGAGAGGCGGAGACAGGAAGAAUCUAAGCGGUUGUUUGAUGAGGGGAUGAAGCACGGACACGUCUUGGUCAACAUUGUCAACAUGCUCGUGUUUGGACCGGCGGGAACAGGGAAGACCAACCUCAAGCACCUGCUAACUAACAAGCCCCCUCCACUGCAGCGAGACAGCACUCCUUGUAUGGAAAAGCCAGUACGCAUUCGACCUGUGUCCAACGCAAAAUUCAGGUCAACUGGAAGAGGCUGGGAAGAGAUGUCUCAGUCAAAACUGCGCAAUCUACUAGCUCAAAUCAUCGCCAAGCUACCAAAAGAAAGCACUGAUCCAUCUACGGCAUCAAGGGUUGCCGAAAGCUUGAAGAAGAUGACCACAACCGAGCCAAGAUCGAUAUCUGGUUCCGAUGAGCAACUUUCUGAUUCCGAUGAGCCAUUUUCUGAUUGCAGUUCGAGCAACGAUUCCGAUGAAAUUUCUGGCUCUGCAAAGUUGGACGAAGCCAUCGAUGAAGUGAUAGCGAGUGUAGUGAGUGGUGUGGCAGAAGAGCUGAAGCCAGCCACACAGGGAACUGACCAACUGUCGAGCAGUUACCAGCAAGAAGGAGAACUGUUUGAUUCCAACUGGGUGUACGUUACCGACUGUGGCGGACAACCCCAAUUCCACGACAUCAGCCCUCUCUUCAUCAAGCACAUUUCGGUGGCGUUGAUAGUCCUGCGUUUGAUUGACGAACUCUCCAGUUUCCCUUCUGACGAGUACUACAAGGAUGGGCAACUUGUUGGUAGUCCUCAUGCAUCUCACAUGACCCUCGGGGAGACACUUCAGAGUCUCAUUCGAUCCAUUGAGUCCCAUACCUCACAAGACAAGAAGCCAAAAAUGAUCUUUGUGGGCACAUUCUUGGAUCAGCUCAAGAGCUUGGAUACUCUUAGCAAGAGGAAUCAAGAGAUUCUCGACAUGCUGCCACCCGAUAUCAAGAAGCUAUUAGUGUACAACGAUCUUGCGUUUAACAAUCUGAUUUUUGAUCUCAACACAAUCAGCCGAAAUGACGAUUCACUGGCCACUGCCAAUAGGAUUAGAAUAGCUAUUGAGCGUUCUAUUCCGCUACAAGUCAAAAUGCCCAUCUGGUGGUCCUUCUUGGAUUCACUUCUCCAGAGUUUAUCUGCCAGUCUCGAGCGAGGUGUACUAGGCAUUGAAGAAUGUCUUCGAUUAGCCACUCGAUUUCGUUAUGCGCUCCAAGAUCUUGAAGCUGCUCUGGUCUUCUUUGACAACGUGUGUAUAGCGCACUACUAUCCCUCCAUUCUCCCCAACACAGUGUUUGUGGAUGCCCAGAUUCCACUAGACAAGAUCACCGAGCUCUCACAGCACGCCAUCUCCCUGAGGAAUGCUGAAGUCAAAUCACGCUCUACUCUAAGUACAAGAGGGAUCGAGGCCGAAUGGAAGAGAUUUCGAGACGAAGGCAUAAUCAAUUUAAAGUUCCUACGAUUCUUUGAGAAGCAUUACGUUAAAGGCAUCUUUUCUCCAGAAGAUAUGCUGUUGAUCAUGAAAGAGCUUCUCGUGAUUGCUCCCAUUCCACUAGUGGAGUCCACUCUCCACCAAGCCGAGUUCUUCAUGCCAUCUCUACUCAAAUCCAUCCCACCUGCUGAGCUAGAUAAAAUCCGUUCCUCCUUCACAAUAGCGCCCCUCGCUAUCUACUUUCGUAGUGGGUGUAUUCGCUCUGGAGUCUUUUGCUGUCUAGUUGUGGACGUGAUCAAGAGGGUGGGCUGGAAAGUUUUGCUCCCUUCAGGCGAAACAAGCAUUUUUGCUAAAAAUUGUAUCCAGUAUGAAAUCUCCGAUCUCCCGUGUACCGUGACUCUGAUCGACUCCUUCUCAUAUAUGGAAGUGUAUAUCGACGUCCCUGUUUCUCUUCGCAAUGAAGUAUGCCCUAUGAUUCGAAACGAAAUUUUGCACAGCAUUAAAUUGUCGUGUGCAGUGUUGCAUUACAACAACGACACACCCAAGACAGCCAUCUUUUGCCCAUGCAAGAAGAGCACUGGCAAAUUGCACCUUGCUGAUGUGAUCGAAUGGAGUGGCUGUAAGUUUUGGAAGUGCUCCCUUCAGACACGUGUGUGGGGAGAGCUCAGUGAUGAACAUAGAAUCUGGCUGGACAAUAGCGAAGGUUCUGGUGCAUCAUCCUCUGUUACGGGAGACAUGUGUACAAAGAUGACAUUGAGUGAUCAGCAGCAACAAUCUGGUGAAGCCUCCUCUGUUACGAGAGAUAUGGAUACUGAAAGAAAGAGAGAUCAGCUGCAAUACUCCGGCCCAUCGUCCCCUGUAAUGGAACCUGUGUGUAAGAAGAUGAGAAUGAGUAAUCAAUAUACCAGAAAACCAUCCUCUGCUACGGGAGAUACUCUUAUGAAGACUGAGAGAAAGAGUGAUCAGCAAUACUCCGGUGAAUUGUCCUCUGUUACAGUAAUGGAAGAUGUGUGUAAGAAGACUGGAGUGAGGGACCAACAACUAGAUCAAGAAAUCCCUGAGAGUGACAUCGUUCUAAUCGCAGAGAAAUUUCCUCACCUACUGAACGUGCACAAGGCUUUGACAAUUUACGAUCUACAACAUGUUUACGAGAAACUUAAAAGUGCCAGCCCUCAUUGGUUCGAUCUGGGAUUGGCUCUAGGUCUCAGUUAUCCUGAUCUCACCAACAUCGAUAGCAAGCAUCGUGGCGAUAUUGUGUCGUCCUUGCGUGAAAUGUUGGCCAAGCUCCUGAGUACACAACAUGUAACAUGGAGUCUCCUGUCAGAUGGUCUCAAAAAGCCCACAGUGGAGCUCAUCAAUUUGGCUGACAGCAUCACAGUGAAUCAAUCCACAACUCCAAACCUGCUCGAUCGACUCAACCUCAACUCAGCCGACCGUGAUGGUGUAACUGAUGUCACACGUCGUUGUAGCAAUCAAGCUGGAGUGGCUCAUGCAUUGAGAGUGUGGCAAAGAGUGAAUCCUUCCAGAGCUACCUUUAGGGCCUUGGUGGAAAUUACCAUAGGACUGAGAAGAGGAGACACUGCUACAGACAUUUGUAGAUUCAUUGUAGACAAUACAGACCGAAACUGAAACUGAAACUGAUAAUUAACUGUUCUUUACUUUGAUGUUGUUUGUGUCUCUGUAAUUAUAAUGUGUGAGCUUAUUAUUGAUGCUGUGCUUUUUACAAUACAUUGUUGUGGUAGAAUGUGAAAA